AGAGACGUGGUAGGAAUAUCCCCGAUUGAAAACAGAAGUAUAUGUGUUGUGUAGUUUCAGUGAAAGUAUCUACAUAUUUUGAUAAGUGUUAAAUAUCAAGUAAUUGCAUUUAGUACAAUUUAAUAAGACGUAUGCGUUCAGUGCAGACGUUUCCUACUGACUGUAGCCUACAGCACACCUUGCCACGCAAUCUAUGAUCCUCUGACCAGUCUUUCUGGGAUAUGGAACGAAAACUUGCAGAGUUCAGAGCCAGAAGAAAAGUUGAAAUGGCAGUUGAAAAAAGCGAACAUGCAGAAAUGAAAAAUCAAACAGACAACACUUUCCAGUCCGACAGAUGUGAUUCUGUAACAGCUAACUAUAAGGCCGAAAAGGAUCUGUCAGAAUAUCCAAAACCAUCGCCUGUUUCACAGAAGCCAAAUGAUAUGGUGCGUGUUCCUGAUUGGCUGCUGGACAGUUCUCUUGGUCGCUGGCUUGGUUCCAAACGUCUAGCCUUCACAAAUCUGACGUGGUUAAAGGUGUUGCUCUGGCUAGUUCUUUUGGGGCUUUUUAACGAACUUGACUUUGGACUACCAUUUUUCCUCAUAUCACUUUUCUACUGGCUAUAUGAAGGGUUGCGCAGCCCAGCUGCCCGGAAACCUGGAGAGCUGAGUGCCUACUCAGUCUUCAACCCUGACUGUCAGCCUAUCUUGGGGACCCUCACAGCGGAGCAGCUUGAGGGAGAGAUGGGCUACUUGGCACUUGGCAAUAGAUGAAAUCUCGGCAACUUCCAACUGGACUGUCUAUGAGCGGUUUUACUUAAUACUCAGGAAUGUAAAUAAUCUCCCCACGAUGAUAAGUGCAGUGCAUAUUAUUAUUAUGUCAUAUGGUGCCUUCCAAAUUGUUGAUUUUCAUCACUACGUUGACAUGACACUGUGCUUCUUGAAUUAAAUAUAAUUAACAUGGUUUACAAUUUUGACAUACAUUGUUACCUAAAUAUUUAUAAAUAAACGGAUCUUCAGUAUUUACUGCAGAAAUCAUAUCCGUACCCUGCUUUAAACCUUGAAGUCUAAACCGUCAAUAGUCCUAUGUCAUUCCCACACAUUUGUAGUAGUCUAUGUUGAUUUGAUCAUCAUGUGACAGUAUUCCUUAACCAAAAACCAUGAAGUUCAUCUGUGUGAUGUCAGGAAUGUACUGAGGUUUCUGCCGCCUUCGAGAGAAUAAACUAGCUAGAUGGUCCACAUUGUGGCUUUUGAUUUAUAGAUGGAGGUUGUCUUGUUGAAGAAUGAUCCUCCAGUACUAGAAAGAUCAUCUCACUCUGUAGUUUGUAGUUCUAUAGCAACCUCUUUUAGUAGAAACAUGGUGAGUUCUUGUGAAGACUUUGCACAACUAAAAUAUUUCUGUGCAUGGGUCAUGACAAGAACACAACCUAUAGAAAGGUAAUUAUCAGGCAUUAAAUUACUUAAAAGUCUUCAGUAAAGUUUUAAAGGGGGUCUGCUGAUUUCACUGUGGUGAUGGAUGAUAUGUGCAUGGUCAGUUUUGUUUUGGGAAGACUUUGUAGUAAAAAAAAAAAUGUUAGGCUACAAUAAAAUAUUAAUAUAUAU